AUGUCAGCACCGCAAUCUUCAGCCUCAAAAUUUGGCAAAUGCCCUAAGUGCUCAUCACCUCGAUUUUAUUAUAAUUGGUGUCGUCAAUUCUUUGAACAUAAAGAUGGGGCGCAGGAUCCACAAAUGCCGAAAUGGGAACGGAGUGGGCCGAAAAAGGUUACGUUAAAAUCAUUAUCGAGUUCUCAAAAUGUUAAGUCUCAAUUUUUUGAAGAGUUGAGAAUACUUAGUAGACACAUACCAUCAAACAACACUUAUACAAUUUACGGCCUCCUUCGGUGUUACGGAAUAACACGUGAUCCAAAGACACAUGAAUUCAUGAUGGUUUUUCAACAUUGUUCUCAAUAUGAUUUACAAACAUACCUUUCUCGCCUUCCUUAUACUACGUUUCCACAAUCUCAUAAACUUAUUUCUCAAAUUGUUGGUGGUCUUAAAGAGAUUCAUAAAUCAGGUUUAAUUCAUAAAAAUUUUCACUCUGGAAAUAUCCUUAUUGAUGAAAAUGGGGAUGCUUACAUAGGAGACACUGGUCUAUGUAAACCUGUUGACCCUGCCAAAAUCCGACGUUCAUCUGAACCAAUAAAAUUAACGCUCCGUCAAAGACCAUUUAUUGAACGUCCUCAUGAUAAUGAAUUACAAAAAGAAAUUGUUAACAAUAAUUUAAGACCUAUUAUGAUUGAAGAUAUGCCAAUUGAAUAUAAAGAACUGAUCUCUUCAUGCUUGGAUUCAGAUCCUUUAAACAGACCAAGUAUUGAAGUUAUUGAAAAAGUUUUAAAUGAAAUGAUUUAUGAAAAUGGAAUGAACGGAGAAAGUGGAGAAUUUUGUAAAUUAGGACUCGAGGUUGGGAUCAAAGGAAACGGAGGGAUACGAAGGGUUUUGUAUCAGGAAAGACAACGUAUUAUGCCCCAUAGGAAAGCAAAGUAUAUUAGCAGAUUAAUUCCAAUUUUGAAUAAUAAAACUGAUGUCAACGAGAUCAAAUCAGGCUUAUUACAAUUACGAAAUGGAUCUCAUGAUCUUACAAAUAAAUCUGAUUCAAGAACCGCCGGUGAUCGUCAUGUCAAUUCACCUCGUACAAGUCCACAGAGUAGUCCACAGAGUAGUCCACCACGCAACUCAUUAAUUUCGCAUGUCUUUGAAAAUAAACAAAACUCCGUUGUGGUAUUAAAUUCUGCAGGGAAUAAACAAAGAGAAUCAUGCAUUUUUACAUUGAGCAAACAAAGUCCUGAAAUUUAUUAUGAAGGUCUUAGGGAAUCUAGGGAGUGGUCGAUUUCGACCAACAAUCACAUUCAGAAAUUGCAAACAGCAGCGGCAUAUCAACGUAUUUCAAAUAUGAAUAAAUGUCUUAUCCCAAAAGAUGAAGAUUUUAGAAUCCUCAUAGACUGGUUUUACUGGGCAAACUGA